UUACCGAUGUCAGCUGUGGAAUGACAGAUGAAACAAAGAUGGCCGAAAAUGGGUUGGGAUCGGAUGGCGGAUCUGAAGUAUUCUUUGGUAGCGAGGCAAUUAAUUUGGAUAUCGAGGAGCUUGAUGAUGCAGAAUACGCAAUACCAGCUGUGGAGGAAUUACCUUCCUUGGAGAGUAUUUUAACCGAGCCAGAUUGUGGAUCGCUGUCUGGUACCGACGAUGAUCUCGGUGCGGUUUCUUUGGAGAAAUUAGGAGGUAGCGAAACGGCGAGUGUUGGAAGUCUCCUGUCCCUCAAUUCAUUGAGCAAACCAUUAAGGCCCCUUCAACCUCCCUCGUCAGGUGCCAUCUUGAGGCACAUCAUUCUCAAAGGCAUAUCCGCCCAAAUCGUUUCCGCUAGUGAAAGAGUUAAUGCCGGGCUAGCGAGUGCAGUCACUGCAGGAGGAAACAUGCUGGUGAUAGGCACUAGUCAUGGACUGGUCUUGGGUUUUGAUUCAACACAGACCCUGCGAUGGUGCGAUCAGGAAGCAAGACAUCAAGGUUCAGUUUCUGCACUGUGCUUCAAUCAUGAUGGCACGAGAUUAUUGGCUGGCUUUGCCAGGGGCCAUAUUCUCAUGAUCGACAGCUCGAAUGGUAAAGUGCUGAGGACUCUUACAGAGGUGCAUCCACCUGGAACAGCUGUGCUACACGUCAAAUUCACAGAUUCACCAAAGCUGGCUCUUUGCAGUGAUAGCGGUGGCUCCGUUUUUGAACUGAAUUUUACAAGAGUCAUGGGUGUUAGGGGGUGCGAAAGCAAGUGUCUCUUCAGUGGAUCCAGAGGUGAAGUCUGUACUUUGGAACCACUGUUGUUAAAUGACCUACCGACACACCCCUUGAAGAACUACACACUAGUUGCCAUGGCCACCUUGUCUAAGGUCAUAGUUGUUUGUAUAAGAGCACGAACGCGCGUAUUAUUGACUCAUGGAUUGAAUAGGUCUUCGACUGCUCCACCUCAAGUUUCUUGGCAGCUAGUUGUCAUUCAAGCUGCCGAUGCCUCUAGAGUAAUCGAUCCCGUUUUGGCCCUUGCGAGAGACGACGUUAUUCAUUUUUAUCAAGUCUGUUCGGAAGCUGGAUCUAGGGUACGUCUUUCACCUCUACGCAGAGUCACUUUGACGUACACAAUCAGCAAUCUACGAUGGCUGAACGCAAGGUCUUUGGCAAUUCUGGACACUCAAGAGAGAUUACACUUGCUGGAUGUUAGGACCCAAGAUAAUUUAGAAACAUUAGACAUGAGUCGAGUCGGAAUUUCAUACGCGUCUAGCCACUUUAAAGGACUAUCCACCGGUGGCAAUGUUUCGAAGGCAAUGGCGCUCGCCGGCGAACGGGCCUGCUACAAUACAGUAGUAACGUACGAAAAUCAACUUCUUCUGCUAGGUACCAAAAGUCUACACGCGGUGUGCAUCAGAACAUGGACCGAAAGGCUGCGACACAUGACUCUUCAGAGACGCUUCCCCGAAGCUUUGGCGUUAGGAUUGUCCUUCUACCAAGACAAGGGAAAGGCGGUCGUCGGCCUGCGCGGAUCUAAGCAGCGUAGAAAACAAAUAGCUCGCGACAAAGUGUGCCAGGUCUUGGUAGAGUACAUGGACGAGCUGCGGCACUGUUCCAGCGACAACAACGUCGAGAACGAGGUGGUGUCCACCUGCGUGGACUAUUGCGUCCAGUUGGAGAACACGGAGCUGCUCUUUGGAAGGCUUUGGGACUUGGUCUCGGAUUCCGAAGGGCUCAGGGCGAACUAUUUACGAGCCCUGGAAGCGCCGUUGCUCGACGGAAGUCUGCCUCCCCGUUUGCCUCCAUUAAUCGCCCAACACUUGGUGAUCCUCUACGAGCAAGAGGAAAGACUGGAUCCCCUGCAGUCUAUCGUGGUCCUGUUGAACGUCGACUGUUUAGACAUUCAUCAGGUGACAACGGUGUGUCGUCAGCGAGGGCUAUGGGAAGCGCUGAUACACCUCCAGACCACCGCCCUGGGCGACUUCGCCGCCCCGAUUCAUCAGCUGAUGCCGGUGCUGCGGAGCUCCUUGAACAGUGUCCAGGACGCUUUCCCUCGAGACUGCAUCAGACUGGGAAACGCGCUUCUGGUGUACGCGAGUUGCUGCCUAACGGGGCGGCAGUUUCCCAGAGGAGAGCUGCCGGAAGGGUCUCAUCAGCGUGCAAAAUCCGACGUCCUUCGAGCCCUCCUUUCUCAGCACUCCAGCUUAAGCGCCGACAACGAGAGGCAGUACCCUUACAUCAGGACUCUGUUAAGGUUCGACGCUCGCGGCUUCCUCGACGUAAUUGCCAUCGCCUUCCAAGAGCCGGAGUUCACCUCCGAGAUGGGUAUGAGGCAACGCCAGCGACUGGUCGACAUCUUGUUGACCAUCGUCAUGCCCGCCAUGCCUCCCAGUCCCACGAAUUCCGAAAAUCUAACGAUCGAACAGCGAUCGGCCGUGUUGAUCUUCGUCGCCGGCGAGGUCGCCGAGAGCACCGUGAGCCUUGAGGCCGCUGUCCUCAACAGGGUCAUCGACGUUCUCUGCAACGAUUACAAAAGCGAGCGGGAAAAUGCCGUGCUUCUGUUACUGCACUCCAAGAAGCUGCACAGCGUGUCGGACAACACGUUGCUCAAUUUAGCGCAGCGUGCCAAUUUCCUGCGAGUGGCAGAGUACCUGCAUAACGCCAGAGAAGACUGGACAUCGGUGUGCCGAUGCCUGAUAGCGGACCCCUCGAGGCACCUCGAGGUCUGGCCAUGGUUGGAGAGACUCCCCACGAUAUCUUUUCAGACUGUCAUGAUGGAGCACUGUGUCGACCUAGUUGCCAUAGACUCCUGCCAAUUGGCAACCCUAGUCGCGUCACGUAUGCCAAAUAAAAUGCGAAACGUCCUGGAAAGACUGGAAAGCGAUUCCAGACUGGAGCACGCGUUUCUGGCCGCUCUGUACCACAUGGUUCGCUACAAGGAGGACGAUGUCAAGCUGGAGUUGCCGACGGACCUCUUGGAGCGAUACCUUAUGUUGAUGUGUCGAUACGAACCGGAAAAUGUAGUCGGUCACUUGCACGGUCCCCACGGCUGCCGAUUAGACGAGGCUCUGAGGAUAGUGCAAGAAUCCAAGUGCGAAGAUGCCGAGGCGGCAAUGCUCGAGAAACUCGGUAACUACCAGGAAGCCUUCGAUUUAUUGCUAAAAAGACUCCGAAACUGCUUUGAAAUGUGUUGCCAAGGAGCGACGUCGGAGGAAGAAGCCAUUCGUGGAACGAUGCAACUGGCAAGUCUGUGUAGAAGAUCAGCCGGGGCGCUGGACUGGAUGCCGCUCGUAGAGGCGGUCCUUCGUCCUUCGGCGGAUAACGAUAACCAGAAAGUCGAGAAGCUGAGAGGAAGAUUGCUGAGGAUAGUUUUGGAAGCUCUGGGUGGAACCACCGCUCUCUCGACCGUUUUGGAGCAGAUCUUGAAGCACCCCUUGGCAACCAGCGGUACAAUCGGGGAUAUAAGGCAGUUGCUUGCAGGAGUGCUCACGCAUUCCCAUUAUGAACAGACCUUGGUAGAGACGACGUCGAGACUGGUGAGCUUGGAGCUACACGAAGCCUUGAAGAAGUCGCUGAGGGAGGCUGGAAGAGGCACCUCCACCGUGUCCCUGAUCUGUCCUAUCUGUCGACAAUUGCUGUCCCAGUGCACGGACUAUACGGUGAUAUUUGGCUGCGGUCAUGGUUAUCACGUGGAAUGUCUCAGCGAGCCGAAACUCUGCUACAAAUGCUUGAACACGAAAGGCUGGGCACCGCCUGCAACAAACUCCAUUCCCGCGAAUUGUAGGCCACCGGAAAAGAAACCGACAUUUCCCCGUUCCGUCUUACGCAAUAAGGAUCUGUCCUUACGCCUCGCUCCGCCCACAGCCUUACCGGACCUGGAGGGUAUACUUUAAUCUAGUCCACGGAUAUUCUCUGACAUUCAAGAGGAUAUCUACAAGUGCGUACAUGUAGGACCUUCUCGGGACUAGGAAACGACAUAAGGUGUUUCUAAAAUCGAAAUCACGUCCCCAGCAUUUCAUUCCCUGGCGAACCAAGUCGCUCCGAUCGGCGGAUUUAUAAUUCUUCCGGUGUGUUCCCUGUUGCUCGAGGAGGCGACAGGAUUUUCCACAAAAUAAUUACCGCGGGAUGUUUCCUCCUCGGGCUGGCGACCCGAAAAGACACGCUACGCAUUUUAUUCAUUUCGCAUUUGCCGUACGGUUCGUGUCAGCGAUAGCCCGUCUUAUCGAGGGUUUUAUCUGGCAUGGGUAUACCGCGAAAAAUUUAACUACACCCUUUCCAGAACCUUAUAGAUUUUUAGGAUUUUCGCUCUAUCUCCUCACUAUGUGGCAAUUAGGUAAGAUCGACGUUCUCUACCGUUAAGUAGAGUUCCACGCAUUUGUACAUUGUAAAUUAUUGUGGUUAAAUGUAAGUUACGUACGUACCGCAUCCACAUUGGACGGUCCUUCUUUCGACUGUAGGAAGAGCGUUGUUCCGAGCUCCGUCAAUCGAUGUAACGGCGAAAACCAAACCGCCUACAGGAAAAUAAAAGAUACUAUUAUUUCUCCGUUA